AUGGGGAACGCCAUGAGAGGUGUCAUUGCCUUCAUUCCCUCAGAGCGCUGUCAGCGCUUCCUAGUCGGGGACCUGAAGGAGAUGCCUCUUGAUCGGACGCUGGACCUGAGCAGCCGGCAGUUGCGUCGACUGCCUGUUACCGCCUGUGCCUUUGAUGAGCUGGUGAAGCUUUACCUGAGUGACAACAACCUCAGUAGCUUACCAGCCGAACUGCAGGGCCUGAGGAAGCUGCAGCUCCUGGCCCUUGACUUUAACUGCUUUGAAGAGCUACCUGAGGCUGUUUGCAGAUUGCCUCAGCUCAGUAUCCUUUACCUGGGUAACAACAGGCUUUACCACCUCCCCAGAGAACUGGGAGACCUCAAGGAACUUAACACUCUGUGGCUGGAGACUAAUUGCUUUACUGUUUUCCCAAAGGUGGUUUGUGAGCUCUCCAAUCUCAAGACCCUGCACCUUGGCUAUAACCAAAUAAGGAGUUUACCAAAAGAACUUGGACAGCUGGAAGAGCUACGAAGUAUCUGGCUUGCUGGGAAUGAGCUGGCAGAAUUCCCGCCAGUGUUGUUGGAAAUGCAUUUUCUAGCUGUCAUUGAUGUGGAUCGGAACAAAAUACACCAGUUUCCAGGUCUGUCUCACAUGCAGGGCUUAAAAUUGGUAAUCUAUGACCAUAACCCCUGUAUUAAUGCCCCAGUGGUGGGCGAGGGAGUGAGGAGGGUUGGACGCUGGGCGGACUGCUCAGAUGAUGAGCAGGAAGAGGAUGCGGCAAAGGCAGCAAGUGAGACCACAGCUGAGGUCACAGAGGUACGCCCUGAGGAGGAGCACAACAGUUAG